UUUUUUUUCUGUUUUCCCAACUCUGAUCAUCCUUUUUUAUCCCCUUUUCUUGUCGCGGAGUGCCUCUGUUCCGUCUGGCUCUUUUGACCGAGACCCUCUUUUCCUUGGAUUUGGGGUCAUGGCUCCUGGCACUGGUCGCGAUUUUAAUUGUUCCUGGGAGCAUUGUGGAAAGUCGUUCAAUCGCAAGUCGGAUCUCUGCAGACAUUACCGAAUACAUACCAAUGAGCGACCUUACCACUGUACUGUCCAAGACUGCAACAAGAGCUUCAUCCAACGGAGCGCAUUGACAGUCCAUUCCCGCACGCAUACCGGAGAAAAGCCUCAUGUCUGUGAUCACGAAGGAUGUCACAAAGCCUUUUCCGAUUCCUCGAGUCUGGCCCGCCACCGCAGGAUCCAUACGGGGAAAAGGCCCUACAUAUGCCAGGAACCCACCUGCGAACGAAGCUUCUGCCGCAAGACCACUUUGACGAAACACCAGCACCGCUCCCAUCCCCCGGGCGUAGUAGUCGCUCGAACGCCGUCGGAAGAUGCCGUGUCCGAACAAUCCUAUCCCGCUCCGAUCACCCUCCUGACCCAGCAAGCUUAUUACCCGAACGCCUCGACACCGACUCAUGAAUUUUAUUCCCACCCGAAUCUCCCAAUGACUCCAGUUGCGGUGCCGGAACAACCGCCGAUGGGAACCCAGCCCGUUCCAGUCACCUCGCCGGUUGAGGUGCAGCAUGCGCAGCAACAGUAUCUCCAAUUAGUGCAACAACAACAACAACAACAACAACAACGGUACAAUCACCCGAGGACUGGGUAUCUCCCCCCAGAAUUUCAACCUGCAUACGUGGGCCUCCCCACUGGCGAUGGUCACCCAAUUAUGGUUUCUUACACGCCUAGUUUCCAGUAUAAGCAACCCACUCGGAUUUUAAACCAGCCCGAGGGAACUGACUGGACCUUCCUCGGAGUGGGAAGCUGA